AUGUCUCCGAAGGAGAAAACACCAGACCUCAUUAGGGACCACGAGACCGGGGCCACUGAUGUAGCGUCCUCCCCAACUGGCGCGAACAAAGAACGGAUGUUCAAAACACCAGGCUACGAUGCACAAGAUCCUCCUCCCAAAGACUUCAGUUGCCCACCUUCCCCAACCAAGCCAUCCACCAACAUCCCCUUCCCCUCCCACCAUGGCCAUUUGGAGAACGUGGAAGAGUGGCUCAAGAAAUGCCACUUCUUCAACGACGCGGAGAACAGAUGGGAAAUAGGCCACCUCUUAGACCCCAAAGACCCAUCCGCUCUUUCCUUCGCGCUGGCGUUGACCGAAUUGAUUGUCGAGUCUUGGAGCCAAGACGAGGAGGGUCACUCCAGAAAUGUAUGCGUACCAACACCUGACGACUACAACAAGACACGCAAAUACCCUGACAUUUACAUCGUCGGUGACAUCGAAUACGAUACAUUCCUCAGACCUGGAACGCCGGAACUGGUGGCGAUUGCUGUUUCUGAAAAUAUCAAAAAUGUAACGAGGCAUAUCGAGAGCCUCCAGUCUUAUGCACAGCAAAUGUUCAAGCGCCAACCCAAUCGCAACUUCGCAUUAGUGCUCCACAUGAAUGAGGAACACGCACGGCUUUACCUGUUCGACAGGAUGGGCCACGAAUACACAGACCUGAUCGAUAUCCACGCCCAGGCUGCAGAGUUUGUGUCCGUCGUUAUUCGACUGGUUUCUUUCGACGCCGCUACACUCGGAUUCGACCCUAGCAUUACCUGGACACUGGACGACUUGAUCAGCCAACACACCCAACAAGGGUAUAUCCACACCGUCAACGCGAAGGGCCAACCCCGCUCCCUCCACAUUGGUCCCUGCCCGAAAUUCAUCGAUCCCACCCUUGCUGGACGAGGAACAGUCAUCUGGGACGUCGUCGACCAUGUCGGCUCGCCACUCAUUGUCAAGGAGGCCUGGCGGCUGGUGCGUGACGUCAAUCGGGACACACCCGAGUACGAGAUUUUGAAGAAGGCUCAAGGAAUUCGAGGUGUGGUCCAAAUGGUUGACUGUGAAGAGGUCGUAUGCAAGACUUCGGAUUGGCGCAAACGUUCGACCACAGCGUGUAUGGUCAAAUAUCGUAUCAUCAUGGUGAAGGGCAAGGAGACGAUGCGGUAUUUCCAUCGCUUCCCACCGGAAAGGACGUUGGGUACGCUGAUAGCUGUUGUUGAGGGCCACCGAGAUCUUCUCCUGGAUAGAGGCGUCUUGCAUAGUGAUAUUAGCGUCAACAACAUCCUGUUUGGAUUGAUAGAAGGCGGGCUACUCAUUGAUCUGGACUACGCUGUAAACCUUGAACCUGGCGCUUACUGUCGGAAGUCGACCGAACCACGGGGAACCUUCCCAUUCCGAUCGCUCAACAACCUCGCUGGCAACUUGGGGCUACCACAGGGCUACACCGACGACCUCGAAGCGAUUUUCUACAUCCUAUGUUGUCUCUUCCUCAGAUUGGACGGGAAGGGAUACGAAGUCAUUUACGCGCUCGACUCGAACAACAAGCGGGUGGUGCAGAGGAUUGACAAAAGGAACGAUCUCAUAGUGGAGACGGGGGCGAACGUUACGGACGAGAUGAUGCAACUCAUGGAUUGGGAAGACAUCCAGCACCCCGAUAAAGCCUACUUGGCUAAGUUGGCGUUUCUGCGGGAAGACAAGAGGACAUUCGAACAGCAGCACCGCCUCACGUCGUCGAAAUACUGGGACCUCCCGACCAGGCGCUGUUGGGACUUGAUCCACGACCUCCGGGAAAUGUUCUGGGAGAUCAACGUGAUCAAGUUCCCUUCCUUGGCCAGUAAAGCAGGACGACCCGACAAGACCUUUAAAGACCUACACGAGAGAGACCAGGUGGAACGCUACUAUAAGCGUUUCCUGGGUUACCUCCAGCAAGCCAUUGUCGACAUUCAAGAUUCACGGAGGCAGACGUCGGGUCAGGACAGGGUCGCCAUUCGUUCUCCUGCGCCACGGAUACCCACUCCUACCGAUUUUAACCGCGCGAGGCCCAUGCCCAAAUUAUCCCCCCACAUUCCCCCUGCGGGUACACGAUCCCUGGCUCCGUCGGGACCAGUCCUGACCCGAGAUGCGCUGUCACGAACGCGACCGACCGAAGAGACCUCGCCAUCACCACAUACCGCAGUAACGAAGAGGCUACGGGAUGUCAGCGACCCGAAAGAAGACAAAGCGCGCGACCUCAGUUCCGAAAAGGCGACCAAUCAUUCGAAGUCAUCGCCUCAGGGUACCAAGGGAAAGAAAGGGUUGAGGAAGCGAGGAGUAGAGUACACCAGUCCGCAAAAGACCAAACGACGGCGUCAGGCAAACGAAGAGGGUUAG